CAAAAAGCACCACACACAGCUGGCCAACUACUACACUCUUCAAGUAGCUGGCUAAGCUGCCUGUAAGCUAGAUCGAGCAGCCAUGGAAGCUCACUACCACAACAAGUGCCUCCUGUACGCCCUCCUCCUGGUGGGCUCAUGGAUCUGCUCCUUCCUCCUCCACCUCCAGUUCUUCCACCUCUCCCUCUUGCGCUACUCGUUCCCCUACUACCACCGUCUACGUGCUGCCUCCGUCCCGCUCGAAGCCACCUUCGCCUCCUCCCAUGCUUUCGCCCAAGAUUUUACCAGCAGCCGCCGGUCGCCGUCCUGCGACGGCCGGUACGUCUACAUGCUGGACAUACACCCGCGGUUCGAUCUUCUCAACGCCUGCGUCGACGGAUCCUCGUCGUUACUCGAGGACGAGCACGGCGCGUGCGUCCUCAUGUCCAAUGCCGGCCUCGGCCCGGCACUCGCUCCCGCCGCGUCCGGUGACGACGGCGUGAUCUCCAGCAACGGGUGGUUCAACACGAACCAGUACUCCCUGGAGGUAAUCUUCCACAACCGGAUGCGGCACUACGAGUGCCUCACGGACGACCCGGCGUCGUCGUCCGCGGUGUACGUGCCGUACUACCCGGGCCUGGAGCUGAACCGCCACGCCUGCGAGGCCAACGCCACGGAGCGCGACGGGCCCUCGGGGGAGUUCCUCCGGUGGCUUUCCUCGCGGCCGGAGUGGGCGGCGCACGGCGGGCGCGACCACUUCAUGGUGGUGGCCAAGACGACGUGGAUGCUCCGGCGGCGCGUGCAGCCCGACGAGGAAGCCGGCUCCUGCGGCAACCGGUUCCUGGACCGGGCGGAGCCCCGGAACAUGACGGUUCUCACCUACGAGUCCAACAUCUGGGACCGCCGCGACAUGGCCGUGCCUUACCCGAGCUACUUCCACCCGUCGUCGUCCGGGGCCGUCUCGGCAUGGCAGGCGCGCGCCCGGGCCGCGCCCCGGCCCUGGCUCUUCGCGUUCGCCGGCGCGCGCAGGCCCAACGGCACGCUGCUCCUCCGCGACCGCGUCAUCGACACCUGCGUCUCCGUACCGGCCCGUUGCGGCAUGUUCGGCUGCGACAGCCAACGCGGCGGCCUCGAGGGCUGCCGCUCGCCCGAGAAGCUCGUGGCCCUCUUCUUGUCCGCCCGCUUCUGCCUGCAGCCGCGGGGGGACUCCUUCAUGCGCCGGUCCUCCGUCGACGCCGUCAUCGCCGGAUGCGUCCCCGUCUUCUUCCACGAGGCCUCCACCUUCGAGAAGCAGUACCGGUGGCACGCGCCGCAGGGGAACAAAAGCGGCGGCAAUUACUCGGUGUUCAUCGACCCGGAUGAUGUGCUGCAAGGGAAAGUGGAUAUCGAGGAGGUGCUGGGCAGGUAUACGGACGAGGAGGUGGCUGCCAUGAGGGAAGAGGUGAUCAGGAUGAUCCCCAGGCUCCUGUACAAGGACCCCAGGGUGAGGUUUCAAGGGCACAUGAGUGAUGCGUUCGACAUCGCCAUUGACGAGGUGUUGGCGAGGACCAGGAGGAUUAAAAAUGGCGAGGAUUUGGGAUGGCAAAUAUGAUGACCGAUGUUGAUGGCAUUUGAUUCAGACUUCAGACGAACGUGGCGCGAAAUAAACCAGAGUGAUUAAGCUCCGCCCACACCACAGAGGUUCAAGCUUGGAACCACGCUGUGCUCGUCCCGACUGCAGAGCCAAGAGAGAGCCCGUCCGUUGCGAAUGAUUCACGACGCUAGCUUGUCAAAUUUAUGUGUUGCUUUUGUACCUGUCUUGCUACGUUACCGUGUAUAUAUAUGUCGAUCCGCCACUGAAUUAAGAGA